AUGUCCUGCCUUGUUCUCGGGCCCUACGACGACAGCUGCUCGCUAAAUGCUCCUGCUUGUGCCGAUGCAAUGAACGGGUCCGUGGACCCGAGGCUGAUCGGCGCCGGCGGCUGGAUCUGGACGGCACAUCUCGACAGCCGUUUGACGGAACGCUACGGAUACACCGUUGAUGGGAGCUCGAGCGCCGAGGGUCCAGGCCAGAGCAGCCAAGGCUGA